AUGGGGGAGAAAGUUUCGGAGGCGCCGGAGCAGGUGCCCCGCGGCUGCGGCGGCCACGGCGUCCGGACUCCCGCCCCUGCGGCAGCCGCCGCGUCCUCGCCGGGCGCUUCCUCGGCCGAGUCCUCCUCGGGCUCAGAAACUCUGUCGGAGGAAGGGGAGCCCGGCGGCUUCUCCCGCGAGCAGAAGCCGCCACCGCCGCCGGGAGGCGCCCUUAGCGCCCGGCCGCCCGCCGCGUGGGCUCCCGCGCGCUUGGUGUUGGAGCGUGGGGUCCCUGCGCCGCCACCCCGCGGAGGAGCCGCGCCGCCCGCAACCCGGGACAGCAGCGCGUCCCAGGAGGAGCAGGAUGAGGAGCUUGACCAUAUAUUAUCCCCUCCACCCAUGCCUUUUCGGAAAUGCAGCAACCCAGAUGUGGCUUCUGGCUCUGGAAAGUCAUUGAAGUAUCAAAGACAGCUGAGUGAAGAUGGAAGACAGCUGCGACGAGGGAGCCUGGGAGGGGCUCUGACUGGGAGGUAUCUCCUGCCGAACCCGGCGUCUGGGCAGGCUUGGCCGGCCUCCGCCGAGACCUCCAACCUCGUGCGCAUGCGCAGCCAGGCCCUGGGCCAGUCGGCGCCCUCUCUCACGGCCCCCCUGAAGGAGCUGAGUCUCCCCAGAAGAGGAAGUUUGUAA